GUGUGCACGCGGAAACCGCCAACGGUUGGUGCCUGAACCUCUUUUUAGUUCCCAGAACUAAAUGCUCAGGUUUAAGGUCAUAUUCUGCCUUUCCUUAUUUCCUUGAACUAAACGUUUUGAUUGUUUUAGGUUCCCACAAUCUACUACUACUCUUUAGUUCCCUGAAUUAAACUGUUUGAAAGCAACACCCAAUCCAGGUAUGUAUGUAUAAAAAGAGUAAUGACCUAAGGGGACAUUAUAUGUAACGCACGAUAUUAAUAAAAUCACGCUUUACCCAUCUUAACGCACCUGGACAUAAAUCGAGUUUUAUUCUGAAAGUCUUGACCGGAAACCGCUCUCUACGCGGUGGCCAUCGUGACUCCUCGUUCCAUUGGUUCACAUUUCCCUCUGCCGAACCGCUCCAUGGGACCCCGCCGACGGGGACAACAUGUGGACAUGUCCCUGAACGCUUGACCCGCGAGGCGCUGGUGGGGUGGGGGGGGGACGUACGGAGGAGCUGGACAUGUCCCCGAACGCUUGACCCGCUGGUGGGGGACGUAUGGAGAAAGUCGGGCCUGACAACUGGCGCAGACGCACGAGGAGCGCCGGAGCCAACCGCCAACAACCGGCCGGCGAGAGGCCCGACGAGCCCGACGUGCUGCGCAGUCUCAGCGCCGCCGACAACGCGGAAGACGGCCAUGACAUGGAGGAGGAGGAGGAGGAGGACGGUGGCCUUUUCAAGCGGGCCCGGGCGGAGCGCAGGGCCGCGGCGCCCCGCUACAGCCUGCUGCGGGAGCUGGGGAGGGGCACGUACGGCGUGGUGUACGAGGCCGCGGCGCGGAGGUCCGGGGCGAAGGUCGCCGUGAAGAAGCUGCGGUGCGACGCGCCGGAGAACGUGGAGCUCGCGCUGCGGGAGUUCUGGGCGCUGGCCAGCCUGGAGAAGCGGCACCGCAACGUGGUGCAGCUGGAGGAGUGCGUGCUGCAGCGGGACGGCGUGGCGCAGAGGAUGAGCCACGGGAACAAGCGGUCCGAGCAGUACCUGCGCCUGGUGGAGACCUCGCUGAAAGGUGAGCGGGUCCUGGGUCCCCCGGAGGAGCCCUGUUACCUCUGGUUCAUCAUGGAGUACUGCGAGGGCGGCGACCUCAACCGCUUCAUCCUGUCGCGGCGGCCCGACCAGCAGACCAACAACAGCUUCAUGCUCCAACUGACCAGCGCCGUGGCCUUUCUGCACGGAAACAACAUUGUCCACAGAGACCUGAAACCCGACAACAUCCUCAUCUCGGAGAAGUCCGGCACGCCGGUACUCAAGGUGGCCGACUUCGGCCUGAGCAAAGUCUGCGCCGGGUUAGGAAAGCCCAAAGAGGGCGACGACAAGAGCAAGAACGUGAACGUGAACAAGUUCUGGUUGUCGUCGGCGUGCGGCUCGGACUUCUACAUGGCGCCAGAGGUGUGGGAGGGCCACUACACGGCCAAGGCCGACAUAUUCGCCCUGGGCAUCAUCAUUUGGGCCAUGUUGGAGAGGAUCACCUUCAUUGACGCCGAGUCCAAGCGGGAGCUGCUGGGGUCUUACGUGAGGCAAGGAGUGGACAUUGUGCCGGUGGGCGAGGCGCUGCUAGACAACCCAAAGAUGGUGCUGAACAUCCCGCUCCGGCACCGGUCCCGCAUGUCGGAAGGCGUGCGGAAGCUGCUGCAGGACAUGCUCGCCGUCAACCCCCAAGACCGGCCCGACGCCUUUGAGCUGCAGGUGCGGGUGGACCAGGCCGUGUGAGCUGCACGGGCCUCCGCCGGGAUGCUCCGCGGGCCGCCGUUUCUGCCGGGAGCUGCUACACGAAUGAAGCUGGCGCGCCGUUGAUCCUGCCGAAGCAGAGGAAACCAAUCCUGGUGUUUGGAUGUCCCAAGUGUGAUUUAUUCAACGAGGUCUUCAGCCUGACGGAGAGCGGCCGCUUCGCCCCGAACAUCCCAAUGAGAGAGAAACGCUCGGCCUGGUACCAGCGCUGUGACAUCACGGCGCCACCGGAAUCCUCCUCAGGCCUCAUGUGGCAGUUUCCCCUCCUUUGUCUCGGUGAAGUUUGGGCCUCGGUGUGGGAUGCCUCACUCCCGCUUCCCCGGGCUGACCUGUCUUCUGGUGGCCCGUUUCCCGUCGCGUCGGCCUGCUGUGUCUGCACUGCUGUUGUUGGUUUACCUUGAAGUACACUACGUGGGAGCCACGGGGUCCGUUUAGGUGGUAAUAUGUGUGGAUCUUCUGUCAUGAGAUGUGAUUUUUAUAUUCCCAUAUUGAGAUAAAAAUUAAAUAAUGAAUGAAUACAUUUCAUUCAGGCUGUUUGGCCAAUCGAGAGGAACUAAGGCCCCAGACGUUUAGCAGAAGCGUGGAGAUCCGGAGCUCUAAAUACGCAAGUUGGAACAUUAUUUUCUGGCCUUAGCAAUGCACCAUACCAGACUGAAACUGCAGUAUGUAGAUGAAGCAUGAACGUGUUCAGUUUCAGUCGCGCGAGUCCCGCUGGUUCCACCAUGUUUUCACGCAAUAGUCCGUGAACAUGAAACGCCGCAGCUGCAGAUGUGACGCGGCCGUGAGUCUCCACACGGGAGCGUCGGUGACGUUCGGUUUCAAUGGAAAUGUCCUUGAUAAAUAGACACCGACCAGGAGAGUAAAGCCUGCGCAUAGUUGACUCUAGGAUGAGUUCAUACACGCACAUUAGAAACCUCGCGUGAGCUGCUGCGACGAACGAGUCCCGCUGACGGAGCUUCGGCGUGACUCCUCGCUGCGCUUCACGCGGGAGAAUUUGUUGACACAUUUCUACGUUAUUGUGGAGCAAAUUGUUCCAUCGCCCAAACAUUUGAGGAUCCUUCUGAAUCGCUUUGCUCGUACUGUGAUCUCACACUGCAGUCACUCCAUUUAGUGCUAAGACGCAUCUUAUUUACACGUCGCUGUUUGACUUUCUCGUGGGCUUUUUAGAUCAUUUAUUAGUCUGUGUGAACGCAGUUAUGAAUAUAAAUCCCAGGUCAAAUUAAAGCGGAAUUGUACUUGAAGAAUGUAUUUAUUUAUUAAAUCCGUAUAUAUCUGGCGAUGUGCCUUUGACCAGAAGCCCGGCGGGGAGAGCGGCUCAUCGAGCGGCCGCUCCGCUGGAUCGGACUUGAUGGCUCUUUGCCCCUUCAGGUUCCCUCUAGUCUGCUUGUUUAGACCUCUGGUGCCUUGAGGUGGCUGAAGGUCUGCUGCCGUCUUUACUUUUGGUGUGACUCGCCUAGUAUCCACGGCCUCCACGAUGUAGGUCCUUCACGGCUUUCUCUCUUCUUCUUUUUUUUUUUGGUAUGAUGGAUGAAAAAUAUACAUUUUACAAUAUUUACUUCCAAACAAUGGCACGGGUUUAUAAGCAGUGUUUUCAAAGGGAACUAAAGACCGCAGGUUCUGACGUAGAUCUGAAUAGUACCGGGUUCGGAAGCACCGCUGAGUAUCGUACCUUGGUUCAUCGUUGUACCCUGAAACCAAAGCUCUGAAGUCCAGCUUAACUGGGACCCUGAGUCCCGUUCCUGUCGCUCUACCUCGUGUGUCGGCUCGUUUUCUCUCACUGAGCCGUAGACCUUCCUCGGUUAGAGACCAGCUGGCAGGUUCCAGGGCUGCGUGGGGGGGUGUUUGUCUAUGGGAAACGGGUUAACGCUCAUACGGAUGUUUACACACCCUGAAGUUCUUCCAUGUGUUUUUAAAAACGUACCUCAGUUGCCCCACUUUUGUUCCAGUAGUGUGCGUGUUUGAUUGUUCGGCGUAGAACCGAUCAUCUUGGAGUGUAGGUGAGCUAAUCGUUCACUCACCUUUUUACUUCACUUUGGACGAAUGUAUUCAACAUGUCUACACUAUUGGGAGUCAUGCCUUCCUUUGAGUACCGAGGCUCCCCGUGUCACAUGCAACACUCUUCUAUGCAAGCGGACAGCGGCGUCCAGGCUGAUCGCGUCUUUGGUCCUCUGCUUCUCAUCCUGACCGAAGCUGAUCUCAACUGGGCCGCGUCGUGCUCGAGCACCGGGUCCGCGAUUGUACAUGACGUUUGUUUUUGCUGACUGUGUGUCGGCGCUUUGUUUCAAUAAAGUAUGGAAAUACCUUCAA